UGAGUAUCGUCAUUGCUCGCAGAAAGGAAAAAUUUUCUCCGUGAACGACUUGGCAGCCAGCUCCGUCCGAGUGUUAAUCGUAAAGUUAUUUUCCGUUCAGCCAUCAGCACCCGUGUGUCGACGUUGUUCAUCACGCCGAAAGGGAAAAUCGUGCGACGGUUACGCGACAGUUCCGUUAAUUCCUCGGUUCAUACGGUCCCUAUUAUUGUCGCCGAGUAGAUUCAGAAGCUGAUUAGCCAGUGCAGCAGGUUACAGGGAAAAUCGUAAAGGAACGCAAGAUGGCAAAUCGUAGUCUGUCGGCCCAACAGGCUUCCAAGGAACAUGUUCUGGCCGUGUCCAGAGAUUUCAUCUCGCAACCACGACUGACCUACAAAACCGUUUCCGGUGUGAACGGUCCUCUGGUCAUCUUGGACGAGGUGAAGUUUCCUAAGUUUGCCGAAAUUGUCCAGUUGAAGCUGAACGAUGGCACUGUCCGUUCCGGUCAGGUGCUGGAAGUGAGUGGAUCCAAAGCCGUGGUCCAGGUGUUCGAAGGUACUUCCGGUAUCGACGCGAAAAACACGUUGUGCGAGUUCACCGGUGAUAUUCUGCGUACUCCGGUAUCGGAGGACAUGCUGGGUCGUGUAUUUAACGGUUCCGGUAAACCGAUUGACAAGGGACCGCCAAUUUUAGCCGAAGAUUUCUUGGAUAUUCAGGGUCAACCUAUUAAUCCGUGGUCUCGUAUCUAUCCGGAAGAAAUGAUUCAAACCGGUAUUUCGGCUAUCGAUGGUAUGAACUCGAUUGCCCGUGGGCAGAAGAUUCCCAUUUUCUCGGCCGCUGGUUUGCCGCACAAUGAAAUUGCCGCCCAAAUCUGUCGGCAGGCUGGUCUCGUCAAGCACACCGGAAAGUCGGUGAUAGACGAGCACGAGGAUAACUUUGCCAUUGUGUUCGCUGCUAUGGGUGUUAAUAUGGAAACUGCUCGGUUCUUCAAGCAGGACUUCGAGGAAAACGGUUCCAUGGAGAAUGUGUGUCUAUUCUUGAAUUUGGCUAACGAUCCAACUAUCGAGCGUAUUAUUACGCCACGUUUGGCCUUGACGGCUGCCGAGUUCUUGGCCUACCAGUGUGAGAAGCACGUGUUGGUCAUCUUGACUGAUAUGUCGUCUUAUGCGGAAGCGUUGCGUGAAGUAUCAGCUGCUCGUGAAGAAGUGCCCGGUCGUCGUGGUUUCCCCGGUUACAUGUACACCGAUUUGGCUACGAUCUACGAACGUGCCGGACGUGUUGAAGGUCGUAACGGCUCUAUCACUCAGAUUCCAAUUUUGACUAUGCCUAACGAUGAUAUUACCCAUCCCAUUCCGGAUUUGACUGGUUAUAUUACCGAGGGACAGAUUUACGUCGACCGUCAGUUGCACAAUAGGCAGAUCUAUCCACCAGUCAACGUACUUCCGUCGCUGUCACGUUUGAUGAAAUCGGCUAUCGGCGAGGGAAUGACCCGCAAGGAUCACUCUGACGUUUCGAAUCAACUGUACGCAUGUUACGCUAUCGGCAAGGACGUUCAAGCCAUGAAAGCCGUCGUCGGCGAGGAAGCGCUGACACCCGACGAUCUGCUCUACCUGGAAUUCUUGACUAAGUUCGAAAAGAACUUCAUUUCCCAGGGUAACUACGAGAAUCGUACCGUUUUCGAAACGCUAGACAUUGGCUGGCAGCUGUUGCGUAUCUUCCCCAAGGAAAUGUUGAAACGUAUUCCAGCUUCGAUUCUGGCUGAGUUCUAUCCAAGGGACUCCCGUCACUAAACUGUCAUCGCGUUCAGGAUAAAAAAAGUAUGCCGCUGUUUCAGUUUAUUUUCAUUCUUCGUCCUUCUACAAUUCGUUGUUAUGAUGUUGUUUAUUAAUUGUUUUUGCCAUAAAUCAUGAAUAAUGAUCGUGAGCCGAUAAAGUAUUGUUAUUUAAUGUAAAGGAAAUUUUCAGCCCUUCUGCAAUCAUCUACCCAACAGCCAAUCUACAAACAGCCAACACCCGUUUCAACUUAUCGAAAAAAACCGAGUGACAAUUUUUAAACCUAUUCACGUGUGUGUGUUCCGGUGUAUCUAUUCAUCAAAUGUCAUUUCGCUAUAAUCGUGUAAUCGUGCGGAUCGCUGUGGAUACAAAGCAUUCCUAAUGUAAACCCGGAAAAAAACGACUUCAAAAUUCCAUACUACUAAAAAUCGAACAAAACAAAAAUGAGUGAUGAAAACAGGUGUUUCCCUCGAACAAUCCUCGGAUACCCAAGUAGGUAAAUUUCCGCUGCACCAAUCGCGUAGGACAGAAUCGAUCUUCAAUUGAGUAUCAAUUAACUAAACAAUCAACCAACCAACCAACCAACAAGGAAUAAAAGACAACAACAACAAAAUCCAUCUAACGUAGCUACACAAACAACUUGUAGCACUAAACUAAAAAGAAGCGAAUAUUGAAGUUGAUUCCAGAGGAAAUUUGCAGCAUCCAAUUUCUUUGGUCAGCUCCUUUCAACGCACGUCGACUUGAAAUACGAUCAUUUUUUCCAAAAGCCAAGAGUCGAUGGGAUUGGUGAAUGCGGGAAAUGACCGUUUUGGGGAACGAGAAUUGUCUUCCGACCCUGGAAAACCGAGCAUUCUUCUUUUUUUUCUUUCUUUUCAACACAAUGCUAAGGUAAAGUAAUCAACAAUAAAAAACCAUCUUAUUUAGCUUUCUGAAAUAUCAUGCUUUUUCGUACUAAACGUUAGUAACACUAGCCAAUUUAACCGAGGAAGUGGUAUAGUUCUAUAGUUACAAAAACAAAUUACGGUCCAGUAAUACAACAAAAAGUGCGCAAUCACAUUGCGAAAAGUCGCAUACUAGUUUGCAAUGUUCUUAUGUUUUAUUAGUAUAAUAAUGAUUUAGCCAUUAAGUACAAGCGUUUCCUUUUUGCAUGUUCUUAUUUCUCGUCAUUUAUGGUGAAAUUCUUUCUCGAUUUGUCAUCCCUACAGUCAGGGGCUACAACCCGUUUAGUUCUGCCUCAUGGAAGCAUCCUGCCUUGACUAUAACAACAACUGAAAUCUCUUGCAUAUUGGCUAGCAAAUCCCCUUUGAUUACCACCACGGACUCAAUCUCAACGAUUCUGCUCUGGUUCGCAAAACCAUCCAUCCGAAGCGAUCAUCAGAAGCAGAAUCGAUCAAGAUAACACCACUUGACUUGAGAUGAGUUGUCCUAAAAUGAGCAAAAAGUAACUAACUAAAUGUAAGAGGUUUGUACAAGGGUUGGAUGGACUUUCAGGUCGUACGCAAUUGAACUGGGGUUUGCCCCAAUGUGGUGGAUUGACCAAAUGGAAGAACUUCUGUACAAUAAGUAGCCGUUAAGAUAGAACCUAGACUAGAACAAGAAAUCAAACAUAAUAUUGUAUAAGCAUUGUUAAGCGAUGUCACAGAUUAUUUUAGCUGGAGAGUAGUUGGCAAUAUAAAUUCUACGUGGAUUACGCAAACAUCGGUAACGUCAGUAAUUAAUUAGAGUGGAAACUUCAAGAUAUUUAAUCGUUUCAAGCUGCAGACUAGUAACUGUCAGAGAAACAAAUUUAUUCACUGUAUACACAAAAUUAAGAGAAAACAAAAAUAAAAAAAAAUAAAUAAAAGCUAAAAAAGCCUUAAA